AUGGCACAUAAUCGACAAAACUCUACGGCACCUUUUCGAGUUCCUAGACCCACCACUCAUUUAGAUGUAGAGGAAAUAAGUUCAACCGAAGUGGAUCCUAAUUCUAGGACACGUCAUGUACGUUGGAGUGAUGCAAUGGAUGGAUGUAUGAUAACUGCACUAUUGCAUCAGUUGUUGACUGGUCACAAAAGGAGUGACAACGGCUUUUCAUCAUAUCACGUGUCCAAAGCAAUUGAGAGCAUGUACAACGGAUGUGGAGUCAUGGUAUCAGAUAAGAAUGUAAGGGCACGAUUGAAGACUCUAAAAAAAGAAUAUGUUGAAGUUCGUCAGUUGUUAAAUAUGAGUGGUUUUGGGUUGGAUCCUGACACUGGACGUGUUACAGCAGAUGCACUAGCCUGGGAAGAGUUUCUGAAGGGAAAACCAGAAUUCGGAAAGUGGAGGACCAAACUUUGUCCUCGUUAUGAUGAUUUGGAGGCUAUAUUUGGAAAUGAUUCUGCUACAGGAGAUCGCGCUGUAACCGGCAAUGACAAUUUCUCCCCCAUUCAUGGCAAGGGGAUGCUGCCGCCAGCCCAUCCUGUUGUUGUCAAGGCGAAGCUUGUGUCUAAGAUUGCAGGGAAGAAGAUUAAGGAGGCUGGUGGUGCAGUUUUGCUUACAGCUGAAGUAGGAUUUUUGAACUCUUUUUUUUAUUGA